AUGGAGGCAAGGAGUUAUUUCAACUCUGUCCCACCCCGGACCAAUGAGUCAAAGAGAAUUGGUGUAGGUGCAUCCAAUAGUGAAAAGGGUGACCAAGGAGGCUGUGCCAUCAGAGGGGAACCAGGUUUCAAGAGAAGAUGGGACGAGCACUCACACCUCCAAGUUCUUGUUGACAUCUCCACUAAGUCCAGUCCGCUUCACAGCCCCGGAAGUGGUCCUGGGCAGGGGCGGAAAAGGAAGCGAAGCGGCAGGGGAGCCGGAAGUGUUUGCCGGGGUUCUCUCUCUCCCUCCCUCUUCCCGAGCAACAAUAACAGACAGGAGGCCGCCGGGCAAACGCAGCUGCAGCCUCGGAGUCGGAACAUGGUCCAGCCGCAGGCUCAACCCUGCGCAGCCUCCGCCGCAGCCUCGGUCUCCGGGCGCCCGAGUGCCACUUGGGACUCAGCAGCUUCUCCCUUGGACUUCCCAUUGAGGAAACCUGGUCUUCAUCCUAAGAGAAACUGGCACAUCUUACCCAUGGAACUAAAGAGAGUAGACUGUUUGUUUUCUCUUUACAUUAUUAGGACCCAGGGAAGAAACAGUUGGGCUCACAUUCCUGUAGAUUUAUAGAUUUAUAUAGAUUACACAGAUUUAAGAUUUACAUAGCACUUCCUUCACAACAAGCUUGUAAGGUAUUUCCACUUUACAGGUGAAAAGAACUGAGGUUCAGAAAGAAAACAUGAAAUUGUCUGUGGACAUCCAGCUUGGAACUGUAACCAAGGUCUUCUGACUCAGAGUAGUUUUGAAAGAAUAUUGAAUUUGGAGUCAGAUAUCCUAAAUUUGAAUCACAGUUCUACUGUGUGACUUUGAGCAGCUAGUUUCCCCUUUCUAGGCACAAGUUUCUUUCUCUCAUUGUAAUGAGAGGGUAAGCCUAGAUAAUCUGUAAGAGUCCUUCCAGCUUUAAAUUCCAUGAUCUUAGGAUUCCAAGUCUAACACUUUCUAGUAUACAAUUUU